AUGGCCCAGCAGGUAAAGGUAGCAGGAGGCGCAGUCAGGAGCCACCAGGACUGUGCAGACCUUUACUCUGAUAUGGCGACCGUCAGCUCCAGUGCAGAUAUAGGAGAGUCGGUGAGGAAGGGCUCAUUGUGUGAGACCUCCAUGGGUGUCGGCCUUGGCAGGCGGAGCAGGGCCUUCCCCUCCCCGGCCAGGAGACGACACCGCACCACCUUCAGCCACAAGCAGCUGGAACAUCUGGAAGUGGCCUUUGGACAAAACCAGUACCCUGACAUCUACUACAGAGAGGAGCUGGCUCGUAUUACCAAGCUCAACGAGGCUCGCAUACAGGUUUGGUUUCAGAACAGAAGAGCGAAACAGCGGAAGCAGGAGCGAGCCUCUCAGAAAGUUAUCCCUGUGGGUGUGAUGCCAGGCCACAGGGCGCUACUUGGAGGCAUGCACGUCCAGCCCUCCAGCAUGACCCGACAGUACUAUAGUCAGUCCCUGGCUCACAUCCCCCGCCUCCCCCCCAUGCUGCCCUCUGGGGCGUACUCCUGCCACCCAGGACCGGUGGGCCAGUGCCCCUGCCCCAGCAUCCCACCACAGCCAGCCACCCAGCGGCAGCAUGAGGACUGGUACAGCCCGCUGAGGAGCAACCUCACCUCCCCCAUGUUCUCACUGGCCUCAAUGCAGCCUCUAGAUCCUGCCUCACACUGGAGCUGA